CCCCCCACCGCUGUCCACACCGCCCUGUCUUCACAUCAAUUUCCCUUGGACACCAAGCGCAGAGCACAUUAAGCUACGGAGAGAAAAAUGCAUCCUUGUGCUCGCCGCCGCCAUGUCUGGAUCCGGUUCUUCCUCGUCGGCAGCGCAGCAGGAUCUUCUCCCGCUCAUCAGUUGCCCCCUCUGUGGCAAGCCUCUGUUGACUUCCAUCGCGCGCAAAGGCCAGCGCCCUGGAUCUAGGUACUACAAGUGCAUGGAUUACGAUGACGGGAUAUGCUCGUUUUUCGAGUUCCAGGAUAAGUACGCACGACGCCUGGCACAGGAGCCGCCGACGGCCAUUCCUCAAUCAGCGCUGCCGGCUGCAGCCGUCGUAGUGCCUGCAGGGCGCGGAGCAGGCCGUGCUAUAGGGCGCGGAUGCAGUGCCGCGCCUGUCAUGGCCGGAAAUCCCGCACUCGCAGGUGCCCAGGAGCAGGGGGCACCCAUCGGCAGGACUGUUGUGCAGAAGUCGGUAGAUCUGCAGGGGGUCAUUGCUGCGGCGAGCCUGCUGGUGGGCUGCGCCAACCUGCUGAUCACCAUAUUCGCAUUAGGCGUGGUUCUGAUGAUGUAUCUGGGCGGAAACACCCAGUAGAUUCACUACGGUGGGCAUCUAGUAGUAGUGUGGUUUGGAGGUAGAUGCUGCUGUAGGACAGAUGCAAUGUCCAGAUUCGAGUGUUUGUACUCGACGCCCCCGUACUAGUGUGGUUUGGAUGCAGGAGUAGGACUGAUGCAUAUUUGAGUGUUUGUACUCGCCCCCCUCGUACUAAUCGGUGUUGUUUUAGUAUUUUUGCCAAAUGAGGUCAGAGCAUAUAUGCAAGUGAUCAGCAGUUGUAAUGUUUGUGCCCUUUCACUGGUUGCACCUCUAAUUAUAUAUGAAUGUCCAGAUGGAACAAGCUUGAUUUUUUAA